CGAGUACCAGGAGCCUUGAGUAUUUCUAUGAACACAUGAAAUGUUCCUGUUUAAAAUUCAGUUUCUACCAUAGACAGUCUAACUAGAACUCAAUGGUUUCUACUGAACUCUAUUCUCGGCACACUUCAGUUGGGAAACAGCGCCACAGUGGCCAGAGCGUGUACUGCAGUUUUCUCCUUAGGUUUGUUGCCAUGGUGAUGGUACCACGCUGGAGUUGGGAAAAUCAAAUGAUGGUCUUGGAAAAAAAUAAAAAAAUAAAAGUUGGCUUAGUAAUUGGAAAGUACGAUUUUUUUUUUUUUUUUUUUUACUAACAAUCAAAUAUGAUAAAGUUUAGUCUAAUGUAAAACUUAAAAAAAGUUUUAAAUGUUGUGGCACAUGUUUAGUUGGAGAGAAAACAGGCUUUGUGCGUGUCUGCACUAGUUUAGCUUCGUUAAUAUGAACAAAUAAUGACUAAUAAAGGGGGGAGAUUAAUAAUAAAAAGUGUAGGAAAUCGUGGAUGUAUAAACCAAAGCUCUAGGAACCCGCCGCCUGUUUUUUAUCUGGAGUGCAGGCCUGCUUUGGCUCCAGUUUCAACUCGAGUCGCUCUGGCUUUUCGGCGCUGCGCAGUGGACUGUCAGUGGCGCCGCUCGCUGCGGGAAUAUCCCAGCGAAACAGGGGACUGCUCGGAGGUGAAGACUGGAGUGCAGAUUUCUCUGGAUGUAGAUGAGAGUCGGCCUGUUAAUAUUCCCUCAAAAACAGGAGACUCAGAUGUUGCUGCCAUGUGCAAUACUUGCAACCAAAGCAGGCCAAAAUCCCAGCUCACUGAACACCUUCUAGAAUCAUCCGGCGCCCUGACUGAAGAAACACUUCGCCAUUGUCCUCCGAGACUCCCGGAGGCUCACACCCAGCACAGCGCGAGUGCUCGGGGCCGGCACUCGUCCAGCAGCUCGGUCCUCCCCCAGGACCGGCUAUACAGUCGGUUCAGUCACAAAUGUCUACCUCACGAUUAAAAGAUCCUUCUCCAACUCCACAACCCUGCACACAGUAGAAAAUGACCUCCAGCAUCGACCUAGAUGACCGCAGCAUCUUUGAUGAGUUUAUGGAAGAAGAUGAGAAGGACAGAGCCAAACGUAAAUCCCGAAACAAGUCAGAGAAAAAGCGCAGAGACCAGUUCAAUGUCCUCUUCAAGGAGCUGGGGACCAUGUUGCCUGGCAACAACCGCAAAAUGAUCAAAUCUACCAUUUUGCAGAAAAGCAUUGACUUCCUGCACAAACACAAAGAAAAUGCUGCACAGUCAGAAUCAGCCGAGAUCAGACAAGACUGGAAACCUCCUUUUCUUAGUAAUGAAGAAUUCACUCAGCUCAUGUUAGAGGCACUAGAUGGAUUUUUUCUUGCAAUUAUGACUGAUGGGAAUAUAAUCUAUGUUUCUGAGAGCGUGAUGUCCCUUUUAGAGCAUUUACCUUCUGAUCUUGUGGAUCAGAACCUCCUAAACUUUCUGCCGGUGGGGGAGCAGUCUGACGUCUUCAAAGCUCUAACCUCUCAUGGGACGGAUGAACAGAUACCAACACCCGACUGUCUGAAAUCAAAAAAUCACCUAGAGUUUUGCUGUCACAUGCUCCGAGGGGCCGUCGAUCCCAAAGAGCCCCCCAUGUAUGAAUAUGUCCGGUUCAUUGGAAACUUCAAGCUCCUGAAAAAUGUGCCUAACUGUACUAGAAGUAGUUUUGAGGGAGUGAUCCAGCGCUCCCUUCACUCGUCUUUAGAGGGCAGAGUUUGUCUGGUUGCCACGGUGAGGCUGGCCAAACCACAGUUUAUCAAGGAGUUGUGCACUGUAGAGGAACCCAAUGAAGAAUUCACCUCCAGACACAGUUUAGAGUGGAAGUUUCUUUUCCUGGACCACAGAGCCCCUCCCAUCAUAGGUUACCUCCCCUUCGAAGUCCUAGGUACAUCAGGUUAUGACUACUACCAUGUGGACGACCUGGAGACUCUGGCCAAAUGCCACGAACACUUAAUGCAAUACGGCAAAGGAAAGUCCUGCUAUUAUCGGUUCCUCACCAAAGGGCAGCAGUGGAUUUGGCUGCAGACGCAUUACUACAUCACUUAUCACCAGUGGAACUCCAGACCGGAGUUUAUUGUCUGCACACACACUGUUGUGAGUUAUGCUGCUGUAAGGACAGAUCACCGCAGAGAGCUGGGGAUCGAAGAUUCGCCGCCUGAGACCACAGCUGACAAAAAACCACAGGAUUUGGGUUCAGAGACCCAACUCAACGCUUCCAGUCUGAAGGAGGCUUUAGAGCGCUUCAGUCACAGCCGGACCCCCUCAGCCUCAUCCCGCAGCUCGCACAAAUCCCACCACACCAAUGUGUCUGACCCUGCCUCAUCUCACGGGAAGCUUCAGGGAGAAAGAAGCACUCUAACUCGACAGACUUCCUCUGCCAUGGAGACGACAUCGGAACGCCGGGCUUCAGUCAGCAGUCAGCCACAACAGCCUCAGCAACAGCUCCAAAGCAGCCAGCAGAUGCAGUUUUCCAGAGAGGUGGAGGCCAUGCAGCACCUGAAAGACCAGCUGGAACACCGCACUAGGAUGAUUGAGGAGAACAUUCAGAGGCAGCAGGACGAGCUGCGGCAGAUUCAAGACGAGCUGCAGCGGGUGCAGGGACAGAGUCUGCAGAUGCUGCUGCAGAAAGCAGCUGGAGGACAAAGUCUGGUGUCUGCACAGAGGAGCCUGGGGGGCAGUGGACCGCAGGCAGGUGUUCUGAGCGUGCAGAGCCAGGUGGUCUCAGCAGGACCGCUGCAGAACAACAUGCAGCAACAGGCUGUCCAGCCUCAGCAGCAGCAGAGCGCAGCGAUGCCACAGAGGACCGUCACUCUGCAGACCCAACAGAACCCCCUUGCUGCACCGCUCUACAACACCGUGAUGAUCCCCCAGCAAAAUUCUGCCAAUGUGGUCCAGAUCGCUGCCAGUCUGGCACAGAACACUGGAGCCAACACCCCCGCUCUGGCAACGUUUGCACAGGACCGUGCAGCUCAGAUUAGGUUUCCCACAGGCCCUCAGCUGCUGACCAAACUGGUCACGGGGCAGAUGGCGUGCGGGGCCGUCAUGGUUCCUACGCCCAUGUUUAUGGGUCAGGUGGUGACGGCCUUCUCCCCUCAGCAGGGUCAGACACAGUCCAUCAGCAUUUCUCAGCAGGAGCAGCAGCAGGUACAGCAGCAGUCUCGGGUUUCAGCCAUGCAGGCGGGACAAGCACAGCUGACGCACCAGCAACCACAGUUCCUGCAGGCGUCUCCGCUCCUUCAUGGAAACCAGUCCACCCAGCUGAUCCUCCAGGCGGCGUUCCCCCUGCAGCAGCAGGGCAGCCUCGGCGCUGCAGCCCAGCAGCAGCAGCUGCAGCUGCAGCAGCAACACCUGGGCCCCCACCGAUCAGACGGUCUGUCCGACCGCUCCACCACGCAGCCGCAGUAGCGCCCUGAACCCUGCCACAAAUGGAGCACCGCGGGAAGAGCAGCACGGAGAAGUGACGGGAUGGGCGGGCCCGCCUCUCACGGGGAUCCUCUGCUGCUCUCCUGAAACUCCUGAGCGACAGAUCCAGGUUUGGGCCUGCUGAUGCCGUCUGAGUCGAAACCUUUUGUCCUGCAGCAUCACCCCCAUGUGUGAGCUCACACAGAAACCGUUUUGUUCACGGGAAGGACCGCCCACAGCCAGACGGUCGUUGGCAGGUGUUCCUCUGCUCCUGUGUCUUUGUGCAAAAAUAAUCAUUGGUCAGAACGAACUUUACAAAUGUGACAUAGAUCGAAAUGUUACUGUACAAACUAUAAUUUGUAAUAUAGCAUGUAAAUAUACUGAAAGAGAGAAUAUUUUAUAUGAUGCAUGAGGUGAAAACAUAGUUUGUUAUUUUCAGCUUUGUUUUCUAGUUUCUGAGAAAAGGUUUUAAAGGAAUUUUCAAACUUAAAGUCAUGAGUCUGUGUGCCACACGUUUCUCAGGAAACAAGGAGAUUCUCAUCUGAAACACAGUUUUUGUUGGUUUCUCCACAAGAUUUACCCCUGAAGUCAUUUAAAGAUCUUUGAAUCUGUGGGCCGUUCCCUCUGAUGACAAAUGAUGACACGAUCAUGAGCAGAUCCCUCUGCUGUCUAUCACAGGAGGUCUGUUUUUAGAGACAUAAAGCACACAAACACCUUUUCUUUGAACUCUCACUCGUGCUGAGUCACGCCUGCAUCAAGCUUCAGCUUCGGUCGGCGUUCUCCUCUGAACGAAGGUUUUGCACUUUCAGUUGAAACAUAUCUGCCUUCCUCUGUAAACCGUAAGGGUGAGCUCAUCGCAGACGCGACGGCGGAGGUCGGUAUCGUGUUGGGUUUGGAGCGGUGGAGUGUCGGGUUCUUCUUCCACCGGACAACACGAUGGAGGCUCCUUCCACAAGACAAAAGAAUUCUGUUGUGAUGUUUGUGGGUCGAGUCUAACAGGAAAGGUCCCAUCAUCUGCUUCAGGGAUCAGUUCUGUUCUCAUGGAUGCUGUUGAAGUCAUGAGGACUCAGGCUGCUGGUUGGUUUGGUUAUUUUACAUGGUGAGGUUUCAUCUCCAACCAUCACUGUUCUGCUGGUUCUAGAGCUCCCCGGGUGAAGGGAAGUCGACGUGAAGCAGCUAAACGCCCACAUGUUGAAUAAAAACACAUCUCUCAUCCUGCUA